GUGUGCCGGCGCUCCAGAGCCUCAGAUGCCGCUUCGCUGCUCCACAGAUCGGUCGGUGCUGAUGUGAAAUCAUCCAGAGACGAUGAGCAGGUUCAUUAAGAUGGCUGACUGUGCAGCUCACACUUGUGGAAUAUUCCUGGAUUACGGCAGAAAGACUUCUUUACUCCUCUGGGACUAGACUCGGUGUCGGGGGCGGAUUCGUCUUCUCUGUGAACUGCAGUUUUUAGUCCUUGAACACACUUUAGCUGAUAUGUAUAAUUUAUACAUCGUGAUUGAAGUAGUGAUUGCUGUUCUCUCCAUAUCCGGCAACGUGCUGGUUUGCUGGGCUGUCGCCAUCAACACCAGUCUGAAAAACGCCACCAACUAUUUUCUGGUGUCUCUGGCCGUGGCUGAUAUCCUGGUCGGUUGCCUCGCCAUCCCCUUCGCCAUAACCAUCAGCGUGGGCAUCCGCCAGGACUUCUACGGAUGCCUCUUCCUGGCCUGUUUCGUCCUGGUACUGACACAGAGCUCCAUCUUCAGCCUUCUGGCCAUUGCCAUCGACAGAUAUGUGGCAGUUAAAAUCCAUUUAAGGUACAAGGAGUUGAUGACAGGAAAGAUUGCCCGAGAGAUCAUCGCUAUUUUAUGGAUCCUCUCCUUUAUUAUCGGCCUCAUCCCUUUCUUUGGCUGGAACCGGAAGCAUUCCGCUUGUAGCAACAACAGCUCCGGGGCAGACAACACUACAAACGCCACCCUCAUGCCGGAGCUGAGCGGAGGCUUGCUGCAGAGUUGCAAGCUGACGUGCUUCUUUGAGAUCGUGGUGGACAUGCACUACAUGGUCUACUUCAACUUCUUCAUCUGCGUGCUGCUGCCUCUGCUCAUCAUGCUGGGCAUCUACCUGAAGAUCUUCACCGUGGCCAGGAAGCAGCUGAGGAAGAUUGAGCUCAAGUGCGUGGGAAACGGCGACAGCCACAACCACGGGCUGUUACAGAAGGAGAUCCGGGCGGCCAAAUCCCUCUCCAUCAUCGUGGGCCUGUUCGCCUUCUGCUGGCUGCCCGUCCACAUCCUCAACUGCCUCACGCUGUUCUACGGGGGGCUGAAGAAGCCGGAGAUCGUCAUGUACGUGGCCAUUAUUCUGUCUCACGCCAACUCCGCGGUCAACCCCAUCAUCUACGCUUACCGCAUCCAGGACUUUAGGGACACCUUCCGCAAGAUCCUGUACCAGCACUUCCUGUGCCACAGGGAGGAGCUGUACGUCAGCUCCAACGGCAGAAGACGCAACAGAGACCAAAUACACAUGACCAUCGACCCUCUGCUAUAGAAAGUCGAGCUGAGGAAGAGCGUCGCUUGUGUCAACUGAACGGUUUCAGUCUUGAAUUUGAUUUUUACUGAGGUUUAUAAUGUUUACAGAAGAGGGGGAUGAGGUGGAGCUGAAGCGCCUUGAAUGUGGCAUUUAUUUAUGAUCUGUGCCAAGUGUCAGGGGUCGAGCAGUGAAACGUGGAAAAGUGAGUCUUAUGUAACUUUUGUAUUGUGAAGAAUUUUAGACAUUUUUUUAAAUAAAGUGAACUGGAUGUGUAGGACUGUGAACAGGAUCCAAACUUAACAUGCUAUUUAUCAUUCUGAAUCCACCCCGUUACUACUAAUCUAAACGCUUGUUUUGUAUUGUCAUCAUUCAGAAACAGUGUUUGAUAAUUUAUUUAUUAAAAACCUUGUGUUUGAGAAUGUAAACAUCAGAAAAAAACUUUGUGUGGCUAAAUCUGGACUUGGGGACCUAGAGAGGUACAACAGCAGUCAUCUACAUCCCACAUUCAUCCUCAUGACCACCACAGGCUCUAUAUAGGGAAAGACGGAUCUACAUGGUUAUAAGAGGAGGCUUUUUCACGUUAUAUGUACAAAUACCUUUGUAUAGCAGAUAUUUUCUUGUUGCUAAGGGCCAGUGUUUGCAGGGACCUCUGCCGCUUCACUGUUGCAUCCUGCACAGAAGCUGCAAGCACAGGCGGAGGGACACGGUGGAGGACACAGAGGAAUCAUAAACAGGCACUCUCCGGCCAACAACUUCACUAGAAGAAAAUGAGGACAAAUGGGUGCAUAAACAAGAAAGAAAAGCUUAUUUUCCUAUCCCAUGAAUCCUCUCUCAGAACCACAGGGGUCAGCGAUUUUCAUCAUGACCCCGUGGGUCCGACCCAGAGAAGGGAGUUUCCACGGGUUCCUCGAAAAACAACUUGAUUUGAUUCAGUCCCGCAGGACCAGAACUAAGAAGCAGUUCACCAAGACACACCUAUAGUGGUUCUGCCUAUUAUUUCCAUAUUUCAUCAGACAAAGGAUCAGGAAGUGGGAAAGUGAUUGUAGGCUUCAUAGGAAUAUGGCAUCCCCACAGGGCAUGUCCAGCUGCUUUUGAGUAAACAAGCCAGUUAGAGUUUCCUCAUCAUGCAAAUUCCCAUGCAUAGAAGUUGUUCACAGAACAAGAAGCACCACUGCUUUGUUCAGUUAACUG